AUGCCGCCCCGAUCUCGCAAUUUCGACGGCUGCUGGACCUGCCGGCUCCGCAAAAUCAAAUGCGACAGAGGCCGGCCGCGUUGCGAGCGUUGCGCUCGAGCGGGCGUGGAGUGCAAAGGAUACGGGGUCGUUUUAUCGUGGGGCAAUGUGCUCACGGUCAAUCUACGAGGGGAGAUGGUGGCGGAACAGGCGCAGCUGAAGGGCGCCGAAAAACUGCGCGAAAACUGCUUUUCGCGGCGGAAAUUGGACUUGGUGCGGUAUCCUCCGAGUCACCUCUAUGAGCUGUUCAGCGUAUUGGGCCGUGCAAUUGGUCGCUUUGACGAUGUGCUGCUGCGAUUGGUGAACGGACGCUAUUUUUACGGGCCGUUUGGUGCAUUUAAGUUGGGAAAUUUGAGUCCGCGCGAGCUGCCGAAGCACACUGAGGCUUCAACGGAGCUUUCUGCUUCGUCGCUGCGGCUGUUUGAGACGCCAGACUUGGCGGCGUCGAUUGCGGCCCUGGGUAACCCGUCCAGCGGCCCGAAGUUGGUGAAAACCGAGUCUGUCGAUGUGCCGCCGCCUUCUUUGCUUCAGAAACAUCCGUCCAAUUCGAACUCACGCACAAGCAUCCACGAGACGUCGGUCUUUUCGAAAACAGAUAAUGCUUAUGUCCAUUACAAGCUUUUGGACUCGGCAAAACUCACCGUUUUGGCCAUCAAGGGCCUGAAGUACCGCUUCACAGAACAAGGCAUGCAUCAUAUUCUAUACCCGAAAUUUUUCGUCAACGUCGAGUCCGACGAGUGGUCGCCGAGCAUCGAGAAUCUCUCGGAGUACGUCCACUUGCAGGCCGGAGGGAGUGUGACGUUUCAUCAAUCAAUUGCCAAGUCUAUUGACGCUGUGCGUGCAAAAAAUCUACCAUUUAUUCGAGUGGUUCAUAGCAAUAAUUGCUGGGAUGAGUUGGUCGUGAACAAGAUCAAGACUUUAAUGUUCGAGGUUCUAUAUGAGGAAUACCCGCAAACAGGCUCAUGGGGCGCUUUUCAAUUCGAUCGUCAGGCUGAGCUGGUCCUGCCUGACCUCAUGAUGAAAAACAUGAAGUUUUGCAUAGUAUGCAUGGUCUUCUCUAUCGGCAAAUACUUAGAUUCUUUGAGUCAUCCGCCAGUCAAAAACCCAGUGGAUUCGUACCUCGUGAACAAUGAUCUCAAAGUAAGUAUCGAGCUUCGUAAAGUCGCCAUCAAUUACAUCAAUUAUCACCUUGACGAGUAUGAUAGUGGCAAUCCGUCGUAUCCUCAGCGGCAGUACGAAAAUUACUUCUUGCUUGCGCUCAUUUUGCAGAUUCACAUCGAUAAUUUAUUUGGAGUGUUUGAAAACUACGACCUCAUAUAUGCUGUUGGCGAACGACUUGCAUGCCUAGAUCAAGCAACCCCUGAAGACACCACUUCAAAUACACACCUAGCGGUUUCACCUUAUGAGCGAUAUCUCCAACAGGUGUUCGAAUUCUUCCAUCUAUUCUAUGCCUCCGCACAUAGCGUCAAUUCUUUCAACUAUUCGAUUCCAGAACAAGAAGUGCAUCAAAAGUAUCGCGAUUUGGAAGGCGACUACGACCUUACCAAGGCACAAGUGAGUGACGAUGAGUCCGACGAUGAAGAGAAACCGCAGCCGGAAGGUGUGUAUCAGAUUUCGAGCGGGUCAAACGCAACAAAUGAACCUCUUUCUUUCACCGUUCAUUUCAACAAGGGCACGCAUCUGACUACAAUGUCAAGCGAGCAGCUAAACGCAUUUGCAAAGCUCGAAAAGCUGAAGCCUAAGAAGCUCAGAAAGACAUACACAUUGACCGCGAACCUGGCGGCGGGAGUCAUCACACCAAACUUCAAUCUGCCAAAUGCAUAUGUGAGUCUUGGAUUACCGAAGUCCUUGGUGCAACUCCUAAAAGAAGUUGUAAAGCUCACUAACGAAAAACGUAUAUUCAAACUUAGAGGUGUGACACCCAGAAACUAUCCUCAUAUAUGUGCCGAAAUCAAGGACAAGAUUUUGAAUUGGAAUGUGGAGAGCUACUGGAAGCUUUACGACAACGAGUACGAUCCCAUUACCAAUCAAUCUUCCAAGAAAUACCUUUCUAUUUAUCAUGAAGGCUUGAACUACAACAUCGAGUGCUUCUAUCAAGCGUUACAUGUAUACUACUACAGACUUAUACCUGAGACCCCGAUUCUGCAAUACCAAGUGCACGUCGAAGCAUGCUUCGAAGCAAUGAAUAAGUUGUCACGGAUUCGCACGCUCUGUGAAAAAAGCAAUUCUGGGGUGCAGUUCUCGCUCUCUUUCUGGCCACUAUUGGUGUGUGGCAGCGACAUAGAUCUCCGAACAAAUAUUCAGUUACGCGCGCAAUGCGAGCUUCUAUGGAAAGAGCCGUCUUUCCUGAAGUACAACUUUUGGAGAUCGAAGCAGAUUCUUUUCGAAAUCUGGAAGCGCCAGGAGGAGGACAACGAGUACAAUGGGUUCAUGGACAUGGUCCGCGAAUGGGACAUUGUUCUUAAUUUAUAA